AUGUCUUCGAUGAACCAGCGUUUUAAAAGACUAGUUGGCUCGACACGACGAUCGUCGAACCAGUCUGUCAAUUCGCAAGCGACUGCCUCCAGCACCAACCUCUCCCCGCCUAUCACUUCCUCCACCGCCGCUGCCACCACCAACGGCACGGCCACGCCGACCGCGGCCUCGAACGCCUCUGCCUCCUCCAUCACCUCUUCUGCAGCUCCCGCACCGACACCGCAGGGCACAGCUGCCAUCCCAAGCACGAACGCUUCGACAACGUCGCUUGCGAUGAACCCACAGCAAGGCGGACAACAGCCGCUCGGACGGCCGCCGUCAUAUCAGUACGCGAAUAACAACAAUCUCGGUGCGCCUGCUUCUAACCAAGGCAGACCGAACUCUCCCAUGCCUCCUCCUAUCAACACCGGCGGCGGUGGUAUGCAGUAUGCGCCGCCUCACCAGCAGCAAAUGUACGGUCAGACGCACUCGGCGCCGCCAGGAUAUAUGAAUGGCCAGCAACAACAGUACAAUCCUGGCGGCUACGGUCAGCCUCAGCAGCAAGCGAUGUACGGCCGACCAGCAGAAGUUGAAGGUAGCCAACGGAGCAAAGCUCAGCUUAUUGUUGGCAUUGAUUUUGGCACCACCUUUUCAGGUGUGGCAUUCGCCUUCGCCACGAACACCGAAGCGAAAGAAGACAUCAUCGUCGAAUGGCCUGGUGCUGGCACACAGACGAAACAGAAGAUUCCCACCGUCCUCUACUACGACCAACACCAACAGGUAGUAGGAUGGGGUCCCGAUAUUGCCGAAGCGCUUGCGCCCACCGGCUACCCAAAGCCAGGCGUGCAAAAAGUCGAAUGGUUCAAGCUGCAGCUAAUGAUGAGCGGCAACACCUACAUAGACCCUAUCAACCUGCCACCACUUCCACCAGGAAAGUCGGAGAUCGAUGUCGCCGCCGAUUACCUUUUCAAGCUUCGCCAAGCAAUGCGCAACCAGCUACAGAAGACUUUGGGAGAGGUGUUCAACCGAGAAGAACGCAAUAUUCGGUACUUCUUGACUGUGCCAGCUAUCUGGAACGAUGCUGGUAAGGCUGCGACAAGAGCUGCUGCUAUCCAGGCUGGCUUUCUGCGCGAUGAGAAUGAUAACCGCUUGACUUUGAUCACCGAGCCAGAAGCCGCUGCCAUGUUCUGUUCGAAGACUGGACUGCUCAACUUGAAGGUACACGAUGCCGUACUCAUCGUUGAUUGCGGUGGUGGUACAGUCGAUUUGAUCGCAUACGAGGUCGAGGAAGAAUCGCCGUUCACAGUCGCAGAAUGUACAGCCGGUUCUGGUGACUCCUGCGGUUCCACUGCGCUGAACAGAAAUUUCUCCAACAUUCUUCGCGCGAAGAUCAGGAAGAUGAAGCUGCCUGAUGGCUCGAAGACUGCUGGAAAGGUCUACGCCAAGUGUAUCAUGGACUUUGAGAACAGAAUAAAAGCAGAUUUCCGAAACAACGGACAAAAGUGGGCUGUGGAUGUUGGUAUUGAGGCUGAAUUCCCAGAGGCUGGCAUCGAGGAGGGUUACAUGACGUUCACGAACGAGGAGAUUCUGCAGUGCUUCGAGCCUGUGGUGAACAGGAUUCUGGAGCUGGUUAGGAACCAGAUCAUUGCGAUCCAGGCACAGAACAGGCUACUACAGAACGUGCUGGUUGUUGGUGGUUUCGGCGCAUCAGAAUAUCUCUUCCAGCAAAUUAAGCUGCACGUGCCGCCACAAUUCCAAAACAAGGUCGUCCGACCUAUGGACUCCGUGGCCGCUAUCGUCAAGGGUGCCGUCACGGCCGGUAUCACCGAACGUGUCAUCACUUCUCGUGUUGCCCGAAGACAUUACCUCAUGGCUACCCUACAGCCAUUCAAAGAGGGCCACCAUCCUGAGCAGUACCGUGUUCCCUCCCUGGACGGCAAGGAUCGUUGCAAGUACACUAGGCAGAUCUUCGUGCAGAAGGGACAAAGAGUCAAGAUUGGCGAGCCAGUCAAGGUCUCGUUCUUCAGGCAGGUGGCGCCUGGUGCUACGCUCAUGUAUGAGGAUGUGCUUUAUGCUUGCGACGAGGACGUCUGCCCUGAGUAUACCAAGGAUCCACGCAUCAAGGAAGUCGUCACUCUCACCUCCGAUCUCAGCCGAAAGAACCUCGAGAAGGACUUCGAGCGCAUGGAUACCCCACAAGGCACUUUCUACCGCGUCUAUUUCGACAUCUACCUCACCCUCGAUGGUUCUGAGUUCAACGCCGAGCUCGUUUGCCAAGGCGAGGUCAUGGGUCGUUGCUCUGCUCGCUUCAGGUAA